UAAACAUUUUUGUGAAUUCAAAGAAGAAGAAAAACUAUGAAGGCCUCAAUUUGUUUCAUUGCUGCAUUGCUUAUUCUCUCAUGUUCAUCAUCAAUGAUAAUGGGAACUAACUAUCAUGAAGACCAUUGCCAUGACUACCAAGAUUGUGAAAUAUGGUGCAAACAAUAUGUCCCUGAACCUAAAUGCAUCAACCAUAUUUGCAAUUGUAAACCUCCACCUUCGACCUCUCGAAGAGCUCUCAACGUUAUCUGAUUCUUCCAAAUUGGAUAAUUGAAUAUGAUGAUGAUUUUAUACAUGCAUUCAUCAAAAUAAAUAUAUUUCUCGGUUAUUUUACUUCAAUAUGUGGUACUAAAAUAAUAUUUUUAUUUCCUUA